UUCGUAUGUCGUAUGGAAAAUACGCAUAUACGAAGCCGUAUCUGUCUAUCCCUCUACGUUUUUUUGAAACGGAAUCCGAAUAUUAUCCUCUCCCUCUGUCUCCUGUCUCUGCAUUUAUAAGGGCAGAGCGUUCGUCAGUUACUGACUCACACAUUAUCAUGUGUUGUUUGAGCUCUCUGCGCGCCUUUCACGCCCUCAACCAUGGCCUUAUACGCAGUACGAAGCUCCACAAAGACGUAUGCCUCCCCUUCCUCCUGCUCUACUGAUUGGGAUUUAGGUAGCUUAUGGAUAGAGACCUUUCCGCCAUUAAAGAAGCACUGAAGCUCUCAUAUCUGGUGAACCGAAAGCCUUCUCCCUUUUCUAGCUCUAUUCAGGUUUUGAGCUUCUGGGUAUCGAAAUUUUUGAAGGGUUUCGCUUGCAAUGGUUGCUUAUGCUUGCCCAACUCUGGUUUUUCUCUUUUGAAAGCAGCUGAGGAAGAUUUGGGGCUUUUUCAGAGAGACCCAAUUCGUAUUAGGGUUUUUGUUGGAGGUUUGAAGAUGGGGGAGGUGGGGGAUCGAACGCAUGGGGUGGAAAUUGAUGGAUGUGAUCCACCGGUGGGUGGAAGAAAUGGUGAGAUUGCUAAUGGUGAUGGAGUUAGAGAGGGAGUGGUGGUUACAGUAGAGAGUAGCACUUGUUCUGAGGCUUCAACUCGUGAGGAGCAAAGAGAUGGAAAUGAUGAAGGUUGCAGUAGCACUUGCUCUGAAGAGUCCCCACCUAUCGGGUGGCCAAUUGGGGUUAAAGAGGAAGAUUGCGUUGUUAAAGAGGUGAAGAGUGAGAAACAUGAUCCCAAGUAUUCAGAAAUUGAGAUGAUGAAAGAGAGGUUUUCCAAGCUUUUGCUCGGUGAAGAUAUGUCAGGGUCUGGAAAGGGUGUCUGCACGGCGUUGGCCAUUUCAAAUGCUAUUACCAAUCUAUGUGCAACCCUUUUUGGACAGCUAUGGAGAUUAGAACCUCUACCUCCGGAGAAGAAAGCAAUGUGGCGAAGAGAGAUGGAAUGGCUUCUUUGCGUCAGUGAUCACAUAGUUGAAUUAAUCCCAUCUUGGCAAACUUUUCCGGAUGGGACUAAACUAGAGGUCAUGACAUGCAGACCACGUUCAGAUCUCUAUAUCAACCUCCCAGCUCUUCGCAAACUUGACAACAUGCUACUCGUAAGAGGACGAUUGUUGUUUGAGUAUUCAAAGAUCUUUCAGCGUUUCACAUCCAUGAAUUCUCAAUUCUCUUUUUCUGAUAUUUUGAUUUAUAUAUUGCAGGAGAUAUUGGAUAGUUUUCAUGACACUGAGUUUUGGUAUGUCGAUCAAGGAAUUGUAGCCCAAGAUGCUGAUGGGUCUGGCUCUUUUCGCCGACCCCUUCAAAGGCAAGAGGAGAAGUGGUGGCUUCCGGUUCCUCGAGUGCCGCCAUGCGGCCUUCUCGAGAAAACAAGGAAGCAAUUACAACACAAAAGAGAAUGCACUAACCAGAUUCUGAAAGCAGCCAUGGCCAUUAAUAGCAAUGCCUUAGCUGAAAUGGAAAUUCCAGACUCUUAUUUGGAAGGCCUUCCAAAGAAUGGAAGAGCGAGCCUUGGAGAUGUUAUUUACAGGUAUAUAACUUCUGAUCAGUUCUCCCCGGAUUGCCUCCUUGAUUGCAUUGACCUGUCCUCUGAACACCAAGCUUUAGAGAUAGCUAAUCGUGUAGAAGCAGCUAUUUAUGUAUGGAGAAGAAGAGCAAAUGUGAAGCCCAUAAAUAAUGGAAAUAGAACUAACUCAAAAUCCUCAUGGGAGAUGGUUAGAGAUUUGAUGGUAGAUGGGGAUAAGAGGGAAUUACUUGCGGAGAGAGCUGAGAGCCUCCUGCUAUGCUUGAAGCAGAGGUUCCCUGGACUUUCUCAGACCACAUUGGAUAUGAGCAAAAUUCAAUAUAACAAGGAUGUGGGGCAAUCCAUACUUGAGAGCUAUUCAAGAGUCUUGGAGAGUCUUGCUUUUAAUAUCAUCGCUCGAAUUGAUGAUCUCCUCUAUGUUGAUGACCUUACAAAGCACUCUGACCAGUUUUCUUCUUCGAUCCCCACGGUUAGUGUUAUUGCUCAUAAAAGAGUCUCUGUACCAUAUUCAGCGAGUGCUCCCACUGCGACUCCAUAUGCAACUGCUUUCACAACCCCCAGCUUCUCUCCUGCACCACUGGUUAGCCCAGCAAGAGUGGUGAGCUCACCAUUUGUGAACCCAAAACCCCAUGUUCGUGGAUUUGGAGUGAGAAAAGUUUUGACUGAUUAUCUUGGGGUUGACGGUAAGGGGAAAAAUGGAAACAACCAAGUUGAGGUUUCAAACUCAAAUAUAAGCCAAGCUAAAGAAGUGCCUUCAACUCAGUCUUAUACAGAGAGUUUGGAGGGAGUCUCAAGCCCUCCUGCUCGUGACUAGUGUGAAACUAGACACUGGUCUAUUUGUGAAGAUGAUUCGAACUGGUUUAUGAGAGAUAAAAUAGAUGAUUCGACAAUACUUAUGUGAUGUCUGAAGUUGAUACUAAUCCAUUCAUGUUGAUGAUUCAAAUUACUUUUUACAACAGAUGAAGUAGAGAGAACCUGAUAAACUGAUGAAUAGACUGGGUGCUAGUCUAUUCAUGUGGAUGGUUCAAAUUACUUCUAUGGUAGAUGUAGCAAGAGAAAAAGCUUGUAUUAACUAAUAGAGAUGAUGGGUGAAUUUGUUCUCAAGCACCUCUUGAGAAACAGUUCUACUUCACACUAGGGAUUGAGAUACAUGUGGACAUUGAUUUCACACUUUUUCUUGUUUAAAUACUGGUUCUGGUAUUUCCAGCGACCAAGAAGCUCCCUGUACAUAUAUGAGAAGGGAUAUAUCUGAUUAUGAAAGCUUCCUUAGUGAAAUGUUCAGGAGUGAUGCUGUUAUUGUAAUUU